GUUAUUGUGCUUAUACAUACAUCAUAUUUAAUAUUACGUUCACAAAGUGAUACUAGUAUUAUAAUUGAUAUUAUUAAUAAUAAUGAAUUUUGGUUAAAACUUGAAUUAUUUUAUGAAUUAUUAAAACUAUAUGAUUAUGUUAUAAAAAUUCUUGAAACAGAAAAAACAAUGUUGGGUCAAUUGAAUUACACAAAUCAAGAGGGUCCAUUCUCUGCGUCAUUUAUUAAAAAUCCAAGUUUUACAAAAUUUCCACUUAGAUACUGGCAUACUCUGCUAAGUGCAACUCUGAAUUUAAGUGAAUUUGCAUGUCGUCUUUUAUCAAUUCUGCCUAAUUCUGUAACUUCUAAACGG